AUGCCCUUGUUCAAGCUACUGAAGAAGACCGACCACUUCACAUGGACCCCAGAAGAUCAAGAAGCCUUCGAGGACUUCAAGAAAUACUUGACCUCUGCCCCCGUGCUGGCUUCGCCCAACCCAAACGAGCCGCUCCUACUCUACGUCUCGGCCACGGAACAAGUCGUCAGCACGGUCCUCGUAGUCGAGCGAGAAGAAGAGGGACACGCUCAAUUGGUCCAGCGACCAGUCUACUUCGUCAACGAAGUGCUCGGGGAGUCCAAGAUAAAGUAUCCCCAAGUCCAGAAAUUGUUCUACGGCGUCCUGAUCACGGUAAGGAAACUUGUCCAUUACUUCCAAGCCCACCAGGUUUCAGUUGUCACGUCCUAUCCACUCGGCGAUAUCAUACAUAACAAGGAAGUGCUAGGCCGCAUCGCGAAGUGGGCGCUGGAGAUGAUGCCAUACGACAUCACCUUCAAGCCCCGCACCGCGGAACUGCAAACUAUCCCGAUCUCCUGGUCGUUCGCUGUCUGGGGACUCGACAUUGUCGGGAUCUUCAAGCGGGCACCAGGAGGGUUCACCCACCUGUUCGUCGCCAUCGACAAAUUCACCAAGUGGAUAGAAGCAAAACUGGUAGCCACAAUCGACUCGGCACAUGCGAGGGACUUCAUACAGAACAUUAUCUACCGCUUCAACAUUCCGAACCGUAUCAUUACGGACAACGGUAGGCAGUUCAUCUCUGGAGUCUUCCAGGAUUUUUGCGAGGAGCGUGGGAUCAAGAUUUGCUACGCCUCCGUAGCACACUCGAAGAGCAACGGGCAGGUCGAAAGAGCUAACGGCAUGAUCCUUCAAGGAAUCAAAACCAGGGUCUUCGACCGACAACAUCCCUACGCCAAACGAUGGGUGCAAGAGCUGCCGCCAGUACUCUGGGCACUCCGCAUAUCCAUCAGUCGUGCUAUGGGACAAUCGCCUUUCUUCCUCGUGUAUGGAGCAGAAGUAGUCCUACCCACCAAAAUCGACCACGAGUCCUUCCGCAUACGUAACUACAACGAGUCCACGGCGAACACGGCGAGGGAAGACGACCUCAACAGGCUAGAAGAAGCCAGGGAUGUCACGACCAUCCAGUCGGCACGCUACCUGCAAGGACUCUGCCGAUACCAUAAUAGGAAUGUUCGUGGGCGGGCAUUCCUAGUCGGCGACCUGUUCUUAUGCAAAGUACAAACCACCAAGGAUCGACACAAGCUCUCUCUAAUCUGGGAAGGGCCUUACGUCAUAGCCGAGGUCACUCAGCCCGGCACAUACCGACUAAGGAUGAAAGACGAAAGGCUGCUAGAGAAUUCAUGGAACAUCGAACAGCUACGUCCCUUCCACACAGUCGAUUUCUUGUAA